GUCUGAUUCAUACUCCGGAGCAGAAGGUGGCGGUAAUGCACCAAUAAUAGGGGUGCCAACCGCCGUAAAAAUCAAAUAAGAAGAAGAAGAAUCGACCCGCCUUUAGAAACUUCCCCGGGACAAUAGUUGUCAAUAGUGCUGUUGACAAGCCUUAUACUUAAUGCAUCCGUAAAGGUGCCUUGUAUUCAUUGCACAGCAGAUGAAGAAAAUGUCAUCCAAAAUUCCAAGAGGUGUGCACUUACCUGCAGAAAUGAAGAAAGCUGGUUUUAAAGUUGAAUCCAAAGACACAGCAAAUGCUUCCCAAAAGUCAGAUGUUAUUCUCAAACCUCAAAAAGAUAACGUUCCCAAGAAAGCUGUUGCUCCCAAGGUACACAAAGGGAUCUCCACCAAGUAUGGGCAACAGGCAGAACUUAAGGGGCAAAAUCAGCAUCUGAUGGCUACCAAUGAGGAGCUGCAGAAAAACCUCACAGAGACACAGCAAAGAGUAGCUACGUUGGAGAUGCAGGUCAGUGAACUUAAAAAGGAGACUGGAGAGGGUCAGAAAAAACUGAAGGACUGUCACAUACUCUUAGUCGCAGCCAAUAUAGACCCAGUUUUAGGAGAAAGGGUUGGAGAAGCUGCACAACAAAAUGAAGCCAAAUGGAAAGAGGUUAUGAGUGUCUCCACAGACCUGCUGAAUGAAUUGAAAGUGUUUGGAGACACUGCAUCACAGCAACGUGUCCGGUUAGAGGAAAUCCAAACAACGAUGACGGGACUCGCAAAAGGACAAGAACAUAUGAUGCAAGAAAGGGAGAACUUCUCCCUGCAGGUGGCUACAAUGGAAAAUGCUCUGAAGGAAGCAGAAGCGCUCUUGCUGUAAAAAUUAUAAUAAUUUAGAAGUUAAAAAAAAAAAAAAGUAUUGAUCCAUAUUGUAUGUUUUAAUGUUAGUGUGACUGAAACUUAAUACAAUAUUCUUUAUUCCCAUGCUCCUUAUCUAAUUUUCAUAUUUCAAACAGUCAAAAUGUGAUUUCAGAAACAUUAUUUUUACUUUUAUAUUAAUAAAUGAAGAUAUUCUAUUGAGUUGCAGAUCAGUCUUGAAAAAAUUGAAUUUUAAUAAAAUACUUAAGAAUUC